UAUAGAGUGCAAUAGAAAGAAAGAGAGAGAGAGAGAGAAGGUAUCUAGUUACACAAGAACUCAGUUCAGUUGCUCAAUUCUGCAGAACUCAGUAGAAAUUUGCUUUAUAAACAACAGUGGGGGUUUGAAAGCCAGCAGCACAGAACCAAACAAUGAAGGACACGGAACACACAGUACAUAGCCAAUGCAACAUACAAAAUAUUGCUGUGGUUGAAAAUUGCUUUGGAGUGUCUGGACAACCCUUAGCGAAAGAGGGGCGCAUUCUGGUGGGUGAAGGAUUACUAAAGAAAGAAUGCAGAAAAAGAGCAAAGUUCAGAAUAUUCUUCCUAUUCAAUGACAUUCUGGUUUAUGGAAGAAUUCUGAUUUUGAAUAGAAAAUACAUUAAACAACGUAUUCUUCCACUGGCAGGCCUCACUGUUGAAUCCUUACCAGACAUGGAGAAAAUCCAGAAUCGGUGGAUGAUCAAGUCUGAAAAGAAAUCGUUUGUAGUUUCUGCCCCAACGUUUGCAGAGAAGAAAGAAUGGAUGAGACAUAUUGAGGACUGUGCAAAACUAGCAGAGCUCCAGACUGGUAGAUUGUCAACUAUGGAACAUGCUGCUCCUUGGAUACCUGACAAAGCCACGGACAUUUGCAUGCGCUGUACAAAAACCAAAUUCAGUUUUCUACAUAGGCGGCAUCACUGCAGAAAAUGUGGUUUUGUGGUGUGUGGAGUCUGCAGUAGCCAAAAGCUGUCUAUUCCCACGAUAUCUAAACAGCCACAGAAAGUGUGCCUAUUGUGUUACAAGAUGUCUCUUUAUAAUGAAAGAAAGCAGCAGGAAUCAAUAGAGCAGACAGAGCACAGCUGUUCUUUUGUCUCAGACUAUGAAUUAUACAGUAAUGAUGAUCUAAGUGAUAACACUACUGAUGAUGAUGGUGAGACAUGUGAUCACUGGACAUAUGAAGAAUAUGAUUUACCAAUUAUAUUUUGGUCCACAUUUCAAAGUUAAAUUUUCACAUUUUGCUAAACAUUUUUCAUUGAAGUCAUAAACUGUGCGUUUCAUUUGCCCAAGGAUAAUUGAAAGUUGAAUAAAGACUUCAUGUAUAAACUUUUCAGAGUUCUAAACCACACUCAUUAUAGUUUGAAGUGUCACAUAGUUUAACCAUCCCAGGAACUGAGUAAAACUGCUAAAGAUGUUUAUGUCUGCUAAAAUUCUCUUAAAAGGAAAUGUUAUCCAUAUUUGUCUCAGUAUUGUUACCACAGUUGUUACCACAUUUCCAAUAAGAUAACCUUUCAGUAUGCUUUCUCCUCCUAUCAAAAUCACUGCCAUGCAAAAUGAAGGCAAAACACAACUGUAUUACUAUUUAAUUGUUAAACAGGAAGUCAGCAUAUGUAACUGUGAAUAUUUUUUAUUUUUCUAUUUUUUUACUUUCUCAUUGCGACUUUUUUUAUACUACAUUUGUAUUACAGAAAGUUCACACUAUGUAAAAAAUAUUAGGUUAUGUUCCAUGGAUUUUUAUGUAUAGUUAUUUUUCGUCUAGAAUAAAAAUAUAUUUUUUUACU